UUUCUGAUUCUAUUAUAUUUUUAUUAGGCUGUCUUUGUCUUUGAUAAUCAGUUUAAUCAUGAGCCAACCAAUCUCUGCUGGAACUGAAACUAAUCCCAAUUCUGGUCCCACUCCCAGAACAGAAAUGUUUAAGCCCACUGGUGACAAUAUUGAUGUCUUUUGGAAGUGGAACAGCUUAAAAGACAAAAAUAAUAGGAAGAGUGUCACGUGUGAUUUUUGUCUGAAAACAUCUACUGGUGGAAUUACUAGAGCAAAAAGACAUCAACUUGGAAUAAAAGGCGAUGUAGGUGCUUGUAGAAAAAUUCCUGAGGAUCUAAAAUUGGAAAUGAAGGCUGCCUAUGAGAGUAAAAAAAUUGCCUCAGAAGUAUAUAUGGAGUGCGUAGAUGAAAAUGAAGAGGAGGAUGACAUCCAAGCCAUUGCUAGAAUUAAGAGACCUUCAUCUACAUCAAGUGAAGCCACUUCUGUUUCCAAGAAGAGGGGUAUAAAUGUCAAAGGUCCCCUUGAUUUGCACUUUACUAGAAAGGCAGAAGAAAGUAUCAAAUUGAAUAAGGGGUUGUGGCAAACAAGUUUAAAUGAUGCUUGUAACAAGGAAGCAAGAGCAAGGGUAAUUCAAUACAUUGCUCGCUUUUUUUAUCGGAAUGGAAUUGCAUUUAAUGUUGCUAGAUCAAAGAGCUUCAAAUUGAUGGUUGAAGCUAUUGGCACCUAUGGUCCCCAUUUAAAGCCACCAAGCUACCAUGAAUUAAGAGUGCCACUCCUUAAAAAAGAGUUGGAAUACACCAAGGGCUUAUUGAAGGGCCAUGAAGAAGAGAGAGUAAAAUAUGGGUGCUCAAUUAUGUCUGAUGGUUGGACAGAUAGGAAAAGUAGAACUUUGAUUAACUUUUUGGUUAAUAGUUCAAUGGGAACAAUGUUUGUGAAGAGUGUAGAUGCUUCUGAAUAUACCAAGACCGGUGAGAAGGUGUUUGAACUUUUAAAUAGUUUUGUUGAGGAAAUUGGAGAGAAAAAUGUUGUUCAAGUAGUAACAGAUAAUGGAAGCAAUUAUGUUAUGGCGGGCAAAAUUUUACAAACUGUGAGACCACAUUUAUUUUGGACUCCAUGUGCUGCUCAUUGUCUUGAUUUGAUGCUAGAAGAUAUUGGAAAGAUCCCUAAAGUCAAAAGGGUAAUACAAAGAGGCAUCAAGCUCGUGGGUUACAUUUAUAAUCAUACCUUGACCCUAAACACCAUGAGGAAGUAUACAAAUAAGGUUGAAUUGGUGAGGCAUGGAGUUACAAGAUUUGCUACCACCUUCCUUACUUUGCAACGAUUGCAUAAGUUAAAGGCAAAUCUUAGAAGGAUGUUUACUUCCGACGAAUGGUUGCAAUCAAAAGGAGCCAAAGAACCUAAGGGGAAGAAAGCAACGGAGAUUGUUCUUAUGCCUACAUUUUGGAGUGAUGUUGUUUAUGCUUUAAAGGCUAUGGGGCCUAUUGUACGUGUGUUGAGGUUGGUAGAUAAUGAAAAAAAACCGGCAAUGGGUUACAUUUAUGAAGCAAUGGAGAGGGCUAAGGAGGCAAUUCAAAAUUCUUUUAAUCAUAAUGAAGAAAAAUAUAAGGAUAUAUUUGCAAUUGUUGAUAGAAGAUGGGAUUGUCAACUCCAUCAUCCGUUGCAUGCAGCAGGAUAUUAUCUAAAUCCUGAGUUUUAUUACAAAAAUUCAACAAGAAUGGAUGCUGAUGAUGAAGUGGUGGAUGGCCUUUUCAAAUGUAUUGAUAGGCUUUGUGAAAAUAAUGACAUUGUAGACAAUGUUCACAAUCAAUUGGCAAUAUAUAAAAGGGCAGGAGGAAGAUUUGACAUUCCUGCAGCAGUUAGAGCAAGGGUUAAAAUGGCUCCUGCUGAGUGGUGGAAGAUGUAUGGAGGACAUACACCACAUUUGCAAAUUGUUGCCAUUAAGGUACUAAGCUUGACGUGUAGCUCAUCUGGUUGUGAGCGUAAUUGGAGUACCUUUGAGCAUAUUCACUCAAAGAAGAGAAGUAAGCUUGAGCACCAAAAGCUUCAAGACUUGGUUUUUAUUAAAUAUAAUCAAGCUCUUCAAGAACGCUUUGAGUGUCAAGAUCCAAUUGAUCCAAUUGCUUUGAAUGAAGUUGAUGAUAACAAUGAAUGGAUGUUGGGAGAAGAAAAUGAUGAGGAUGAAUUUGAAGAUGACUUGGUGUUUGAUGAUGAUGUUUUGACUUGGAGAGAUGUUGCCCAAGCAAGUGGUGCCGGUGAACCUUUGAAAUACACUAGGAGACAAACACAAGUGAACAAGACAUCAACAAUUGCAUCUACAUCCAAGAAAGAUAAAGGAAAAAAAGUGAUGGAAGUACUAGAAGACGAGGAUGAUGAUGUAGAGGAAGAAGAAGAAUAUAAUUCUAAUGCUAGUGGGAGUGAUGAAUUUGAGGGAGAGGAAGACUUUAAUCUUGAUGAGGAAGAAGAUUAAACUAUAAUGUUUAAUUUUUUACUUACUUAGAGCUUUAACACUUUGUUUUGGAGACAUUUUAUAUUAUGUAUUGUUUGAGUACUAUGAACUUUUAAUUAUUAAAAAUGUUUAAUGCAUGAAUUUAGAGUUAUUUUUUUUGUUUUUUAGCUUUUAUAUAUAUAUUAUUAAUUAUUUAAUAUAUAUAAAUUAAUAUUUAAAUAGCGGUUAUCCCGCUCCGCGUCAUCCCGCUAUCCCAGUUUUGGGGUCGGCCGCUCCGCGCCGCUAUCCGGGAUUGACUACUAUGUGAAGAACU